UCACACUCAGUCUUAUAAUUUUCCCAUACCCCAUAAGCACAUAGCAUGAUACUCCAUCUUCUGUGGCUUCUCUAGCCAGCCUCUACUUUUCUCCCUCAACGCAAAAACCACCACACCACCACCACUCUCAUUAACACCACUCUAGGGUUUCCCAUUUCCAAACGACACCGUUUCAAAACCACAAACCUUCAUCGUUUAACUUCCGACGCUACUGGUUCACCGUUCACCAAUGACGACCGCGCCAUCACCGGUGAAGUCUCAACCGCUUCACAACUUCUCUCUCCCCUUCUUGAAAUGGGGCGGCACCGGGAAGAACAACACCAACACCACUAACCACCAACGCUCCCGUCGUCCUCCCGAUCACGCUUCCUCCGAGCCUGAUUCCGAGCCUGACUCCCGUCCUCACCGACUCGGAUCCCGAACCUCCAGGCACCGAUUCGGACUCCCUUCUUCUUCAUCCUCGAAAAAUCCUCCACCGUCUUCCAACUUGGAAACCGACGAUGAUGCCGGAGGGGAUAGUAAGCGGGACGUUGAAGAAGAGGUUACUGUCGCCGGGGAGAUAGUGCAGAAGCCGUGGAAUUUGAGGCCGAGGAAACCUAUGCUUCCGAGAGGCGCUUUUGAGAUCGGGACUGGAGCUGGAGGUUCUAAAAGCAACAACGGUGGAGAAUUGCAGGAAGCGGUUAACAACAACGGGGAGAAUCCGGCGCCGAAAUCGCUUCGGCUUCGGGGUUUUGCUGAUACGGGAUGUGCUGAGAAGAAGGAGAAGAGGAAAUUCUGGAUCGCUCUUUCGAAGGAUGAGAUCGAAGAGGAUAUUUUCGUGAUGACUGGUUCUAGGCCCAAUCGCAGGCCGAAGAAGAGGGCAAAGAAUGUUCAGAAACAAAUGGAUAAUGUUUUCCCUGGAUUAUGGUUAGUGGGUAUAACUGCUGAUGCUUAUAGGGUAGCUGAUACACCAACAAAGAGAUAGAUAAGCUGUGAAGUGAAUUGCAGCUUGUAAAUGGGGUAUGGAAGUGAGGUAUAAAGUUGAAGAAUUUUGUAAAGAAGGAGAUAUUGGAAGGAGUGAAUUGAAGAUGCUAAUUCCCUUGCUUUUGUUGGUUUUAACAAGGGUUUACUCUAGUUGGUUUUUUACUUGUUCAUUGUAGUGGUAGUGGUAGUAGUAUAUUGCUGGAAGGAAAGAAAGAUAUAUAUGAGUAUAUAUAGUUUAAUUAAUAGAGUAAGAGUUUAUUGUUACAAUGAUAAUUUCAGAGCUUUUGUUUGGUA